AUGAUUGAUGGUUCACAGAUAUGGGAGACGUUCUCUGCGUUAGCAUAUAAAGCCUUCAAAAAGCUAAAAUACGCAGACAAAGUUCACACGACUGGUAAGCUUCAUUCAUACGUUACAUUCUUGGAAUCACCCACAGUUACCAGUGAGUCACCAAUAAAGACCCCGAUUUUAGAACUCAAUUUUCCAGCGGUUAGUGUAUGCAAUGCUAAUCGAAUCAGCCGACAAGCAUUGGUGGAGUAUUCAAGUUUUAUAAAUCAACACAAUUUCAACCAUACCAUUCCAACUUUCAAAGCCCCGGAACGAGUGAACAGUCACGGAUCCAAUUUCGGAUUGACAUUUUUGGUUGAUAAUCAGUUACAGGACUAUGUGUUCACCAUGAAUGCAUUCAUCGGAACAGUUGUAUUGAUAUUCGACGCAAACGAUUUUCCGGAUCAGUUAAGCGGAGCGGUCAGAGAGAAAAUCAUUUCACCACAACAAGAAGUGUAUCUGUCGUUAAAUCCCACCUUGAUCCGAGGUUCGAGAUCGAUGAAAACAUUUGAGAUCAGUUCUAGGAACUGUGUUUUCAACGACGAAAUAAAUUUGGUGUUCGCCAAGUGA